GGAAUGCCAUCUUUAGGUUGUGGGGCCUUGGGCGCCGGCUGUUGAUAAGGAAUUUUCCAACAGCGCGAUAACGACCUCUCCUCAGCAAAAUUUCGAGGGUGCGCGGGGCAACGUUCCCAUUGCCAACCGCAAAACCCGCGCCUCGCCAACAUCAAAUCCUGUCGAGGGCAACUCCCGCCGUUGCAGAGACAGUUUUGUUGCGCGCGCCUUAUCCGUUUCGAUCUGUCUCAUCAAGGUCUCGGAUCGCGCCGCGCUGCUUUGGGAGCCCCGAGGUAACCGACAGCUUCCGCUCACACCGUCUCGCCGCCAACCAUGACAGUGCCCAUCAAGCCGCCCGAUGGCGCUGCCCCAGCCCCCACGCAGGCCGAAGUUACGUCCCUGCUCGACACCGUCUUCACCGCCAAAACCUCAAACGCCUCGAUCGAAGCUUGCUACGGCCUGUGCGAGCUUCUGCUCAACUCGGUUGGCUUCCACGGUCUGCACCAAUACGGCAUCCUUAGCGAAGUCAAGAAGGCCGCCGCCGAUAAGAAGAGCGGCCUCCGUCGCGAGAGCGCCCAGAACUUACUCGGUGCCCUGUUCGAACGUUUCCCGCCACGUCAACCCAUCAGCGAGGUCGUUCUCCUGCUCCAGGAUGGCGGCAUGCUCGAUUGUGCCCUCGAUGCCCUCGCGGACAAGGGCGCCGUGGUUCGCGAUGCUGCCCAGUACGGAAUCGAUGCGCUCUUCGCCAACCUGAGCGUCGAAGCCAUGGUGGCUGGUCUCCUGCCUGCACUGAUCCAGUACAUCAAGAAGUCCGGCGGCAAGUGGCAAGGCGUCGUCGGUGCCUUGAAGUUAAUGCAGAAGAUGGCCGACAAGGCCAAGCCAAUAAUCGGCAGUACCAAGGAACAGGCGCAAGAGCAAGAUCUUUUGCGCGACGCAAUGGGCUCCAAGCUCGCCACACUCAUUCCGGUGGUCGAAAACGGCAUGCUCGACAUGAAGAGCGAGGUCGAGAAGCAGGCUGUCAAGACCAUGAACUCCCUUACUGCCUUGCUCUCCAACGACGAUGUUGCGCCGCGGAUUCCCCUCCUUAUCGACACGAUGCACCACCCUUCGGCCGAGACGCUGCAGAAAGCGAUCCACGCCCUCUCCCAGACGACUUUUGUUGCCGUCGUCACAUCUCCCGUCUUGGCCUUGCUUACGCCCUUCCUGGAGCGCUCCCUCAACAACCCAACCACACCUCAAGAAGUUCUCCGCCAGACGGUCGUCAUCACCGAGAACUUGACCAAAUUGGUCCACGACCCCAUCGAGGCUCGGACAUUCUUGCCCAAGCUUCAACCCGGCAUCAAAAGCGUCGUCGACAGAGCUUCUCUUCCCGAAGUGCGCGAGUUGGCAACCCGGGCUCUGGGUGUGAUGGACAAGGCCAUGGGCAACGAAAAGACGGCCAUCGUUGAGCGGACCACCGCCGACGACGUUGCCAAGGUCCUCGACGACGAGAUUAAGAAGAAUGGUGGCCUCUCUGGUGGUUCGACCGCAUACGACCUGGCGCGCCCGUACAUCUGCGAGAUGGUCAGCGAGGACGUGAACCAUCGGCAGUUGGAUCGCAUUCCUGCCAACAUCACGCCUUAUCUCCGGUCGCUGACGCCAGCUGCUGAGGCCAUCGCUGCUUCCGUCCACAAGUUCUAUGUUGAGGAAGACCACCGCAAGUACGGCGUCCCCGAGAAGGAAGACGACGGCGAGGUUGAGAUUGUCAACGCCGACUUCUCGCUCGCUUACGGCGGUAUGCUGCUGCUGUCACACACGAACUUGCGGCUCCUCAAGGGUCACCGUUAUGGCCUCUGUGGCAGGAAUGGUGCCGGCAAAUCUACGCUGAUGAAGAGCAUCGCUAGUGGCAAACUGGAAGGGUUCCCCCCUCAAGACGUGUUGCGCACCUGCUACGUCGAGCAUAACCAGGGCGAGGAUGCUGACAUUAGCAUUCUGGAUUUCAUGUGCAAGGACCCAACCAUCGCGAAGGAAGGGAGGGAGAGAAUCUCCGCCGUGCUGGAAGAGUUCGGCUUUACCUCUGGCCCCGAGGGCAGGCAGUCCCAGAAGGUCGGCUCGCUGUCCGGCGGUUGGAAGAUGAAGCUGGCUCUUGCGCGCGCCAUGCUGCAGCGGGCGGAUGUCUUGCUGCUGGACGAACCGACUAACCAUCUCGAUGUGGCCAAUAUCAAGUGGCUCGAGAACUAUCUCAAGACGCACACCGAGAUUACCAGCCUGAUCGUGUCCCACGACUCUGGUUUCCUAGACGAGGUCACCACCGACAUUUACCACUACGAGCCCAACAAAAAGCUCGCCCACUACAAGGGUAACCUUGCCGCCUUUGUCAAGGUCCGCCCGGAGGCCAAGAGCUAUUACACGUUGUCGGCGUCGAACGUGCAGUUCAAAUUCCCUCCUCCCGGCAUACUCUCGGGCGUCAAAUCCCAAACGCGCGCCAUCAUCCGCAUGACCAACGUCUCGUACACGUAUCCCAACGCGCCGAAGCCUUCGCUGAGCGAUGUUUCUUGCCAGCUCUCGCUGUCAUCCCGUGUGGCUAUCAUUGGCCCCAACGGUGCGGGCAAGUCGACGCUGAUCAAGCUGCUCACGGGCGAGCUGAUCCCCACGUCAGGGAAGGUGGAGAAGCACCCCAACCUUCGUAUCGGGUAUAUCAAGCAACACGCGCUGGAGCACGUCGAGAUGCACCUGGAGAAGACGCCCAACCAGUACCUGCAGUGGCGAUAUGCCCACGGCGAUGACCGCGAGGUGCACUUGAAGCAAACCCGCAUCUUGUCCGAAAAGGACAGGGAGCAGAUGGACAAGUUCAUCGAUGUUGGCGACGGAAAGGGCAAGCGCCAGAUCGAGGCGCUCGUCGGUAGACAAAAGUACAAGAAGACGUUCCAAUACGAAGUCAAAUGGCGUGGCUUCCUCCCUAAGCACAACACGCAAAUCUCACGUGAGACCCUUCUGGAGCUCGGUUUCGACAAGCUCGUUCAGGAGUUUGACGAUCACGAGGCGUCGCGCGAAGGCCUGGGGUACCGCGAGCUGCAGCCGUCGGUCAUUAGCAAACACUUUGAAGACCUGGGCCUCGACCCUGAGAUCGCCAACCACAACGAGAUUGGUUCCCUCUCUGGCGGCCAGAAAGUCAAGGUGGUCAUCGCCGGCGCUAUGUGGAACAACCCGCACCUGCUCGUCCUCGACGAGCCCACCAACUUCUUGGACCGCGACUCGCUCGGCGGCCUGGCCGUGGCCAUCCGCGACUUCAAGGGCGGCGUGGUCAUGAUUUCACACAACGAGGAGUUUGUCGGCGCUCUGGCAACGGAGCAGUGGCAUGUGCUGGACGGGCGGGUGACGCACCGGGGCACCUCGCAGGUGGCGCUCGACCGGUUCGAGGACAGCGGGGCCAGCAAGCCUGCCUCGGCGGUCACCAGCGGGCUAAACAGCCCCGUGCCGAGCUCCAGCGUGGUGAGCAGCGCGGUGAACAGCGGGGCCGAGGAUAACGGGGCCCCUCCUGCCGUCACGGGGGAGAGCAUGAAGUUCAAGGCCAAGAAGAAGAAGAAGCUGACCAAGCGAGAGCUGAAGGAGAGGGAGGUGCGGAGGAGGCUCAGGCACAUCGAGUGGUUGAACAGUCCCAAGGGGACACCGAGGCCGCCCGAUACGGAUGAUGAGGCGGAGUAGGCCCGAGUUCAGCUGGGAGAUCGG